UACUACACGAGAGUUUCGUUCAUUCGUCGUUGAAGUCCAGUCGGUGCGCGUGCACCUAAGUAAAAUUCCUGAAUAUUCGGCUUCAUCUUUAUAAACAUCAGGGAUGGCCGAGGCACAUCAGGCAGUAGCGUUCCAGUUCACUAUAACCGCCGAGGGCAUAGACCUGCAGCUCUCUCACGAGGCCCUGAGACAGGUUUAUCUCUCCGGGCUUCGCUCCUGGAAAAAGCGCGUCAUACGCCUCAAGAAUAAUGUGAUUACAGGUGUGUAUCCUGCGAGCCCGUCUUCCUGGCUGUUUGUGGUUAUAGCGAUCCUGGCCACAAUGUACACGCGCUCGGAUCCGUCCAUGGGCCUCAUCGCUAAGAUCCAGGAGCACCUGCCGGCCAGCGGCUCUUUGAGUCUGCAGUGCCAGACGGUCGUCUCGGCCGUGGUGUUCAGCACUCUGCUGUGGCUGUCCCUCAUCUUCACCAUGAAGCUAUGCCUGAAGCAGCUGCUCUCGUACCAUCGCUGGAUGUUCGAGCAGCACGGCAACGUGUCCACCACCACCAAGAUCUGGGUGAUGUUGGUGAGGAUCUUCUCUGGUCGCCAGCCGCUACUGUAUAGUUAUCAAGGUUCUCUGCCUAAUCUGCCAGUACCUGCUGUCAAAGACACCGUCAAAAGGUAUUUGGAGUCCGUGCGUCCUCUGAUGUCCGACUCGGAAUUUGAGAGGAUGGCAACUCUAGCGAGAGAUUUUGAGCUCACUCUAGGGAGCCGCCUUCAGUGGUACCUCAAGCUCAAGGCAUUGUGGGCCUCCAACUACGUAAGUGACUGGUGGGAGGAGUACAUCUACCUGAGAGGCCGAGGCCCCAUUAUGGUGAACAGCAACUACUAUGGCAUGGACUUUAUGUUUGUGACCCCGACUCCGAUCCAGGCAGCCAGAGCAGGAAACACACUGCACGCUCUCCUCCUGUACCGCAGGAAGCUAAACAAAGAGGAAAUCAAACCUAGCCGUAUCCCUGGCACAUUCAUUCCUCUGUGUGCAGCUCAGUGUGAGAGGCUUUUCAACACAACACGAACCCCAGGAGAGGAGACAGACACAGUGGUGCACUGGAACGACAGCGAGCACGUGGCCGUGUACCACAGGGGGCGAUAUUUCCGUCUGUGGCUCUAUCAGGCAGGCAGGAUGCUGACACCGCGCGAGAUCGAACAGCAGAUCCAGCGUAUCCUGGACGACAAGUCCGCCCCAGCACCAGGCGAGGAGAAACUGGCAGCGUUAACUGCAGGGGACAGAAUUCCAUGGGCUCAAGCCAGGAAGGAGUUCUUCAGCUCUGGCCUCAACAAGAGAUCUCUGGACAGCGUCGAGAAAGCCGCGUUCUUCGUCACUCUGGAAGACGAGGAGCAAGGCAUGAUGGGAGACGACCCGGCCGCUAGCAUGGACCGCUACGCCAAGUCUCUCCUUCACGGAAAAUGUUACGACAGGUGGUUUGAUAAGUCGUUUACUGUGGUGGUGUACAAGAAUGGGAAGAACGGCCUGAACGCCGAGCACUCCUGGGCUGACGCUCCCAUCGUCUCGCACAUGUGGGAGUAUGUCCUGACCAUGGACAGUUUCCAGUUGGGUUAUAAUCAAGAGGGACAUUGUAAAGGGGAUGGGAAUCCGUCUCUGCCACACCCACAGAGAUUAUCCUGGGUUAUUCCUUCGCAGUGUCAGGAGCGCAUUGCCCAUUCGCUCUCGGUAGCGCAGGUGCUGGCCGACGACGUCGACUUUCACGUUUUCGCCUUCCGAGAUUUCGGCAAAGGCAGCAUCAAAAAGGUCCGCAUGAGCCCAGACGCCUUCAUCCAGUUAGCGCUGCAGCUAGCCUACUACAGGGACCGAGGGAUGUUCUGCCUGACGUACGAGGCGUCGAUGACGCGUCUGUUCCGUGAGGGCCGGACCGAAACCGUGCGCUCGUGCUCCAGCGAGAGCUGUGCCUUCGUCAAAGCGUUCGAGAACGGAGAGGCGGCGGACACGUGCCAGCGUUUGUUGCGUACGGCGGCUGAGAAACAUCAGAUGCUCUACCGGCUGGCCAUGACGGGAGCCGGGAUUGACCGACACCUCUUCUGCCUCUACGUCGUCUCGAAAUACCUGGGUGUCGAGUCACCCUUCCUCAAGGAGGUGUUGUCUGAGCCGUGGCGUCUCUCCACCAGUCAGACUCCAUUCCAGCAGGUGGAGCUGUUUGACCUGGUGAAUCACCCCGACUACAUCACAUGCGGUGGAGGAUUUGGGCCUGUUGCUGAUGAUGGAUACGGCGUGUCUUACAGCAUCAUCGGAGAGAAGAUCAUCAGCUUCCACGUCUCCAGCAAGCGCUCCUGUCCUCAGACUGACUGCCAUAAGUUCGGGGCGCAGCUCAGGAAGGCGAUGCUGGAUCUUUUGCAGCUCAUGAUGGACGAUAAGAAAGAAGUGGCACAACGCGAGCAGAACCACACUGCGAAGAAAGAACUGUAGUGUGGAGCGAGGUGUUCAUUCAGCAUAGGAAGAUGUAGAUUUUUUUUGUUUGUUUGUUUGUUUGUUUAGUGAUUUGUCUUUGCGUUUUUUUUUUUUUCCUUUUUGUGUGUGUGUGUGUGUGUGUGUGUGUGUGUGUGUGUGUGUGUGUGGUAGAAUGAUGCAAGGGACCAGAGUCAGGAUAGAAUCACAGCUGCAUUAACAUAUGGAGAGAUGACUUUAGAAGAUGAAAAAGAAGAAGGUGAUCCGCUACAGUCUUAAAUGCCUUAAGUGUUCAGGAGGUACCCAGGGAUUAAUAGCAACAUCUAGGGUCCGACAUGAAAGCUCCUGUGUCCAGAUCCAAUCAGUUCAGCUCAGUAUUUUUUUUUUUUUUUUUUUUUUAACUUUUACGCAAGUGCAGCAUAAAAGCAUACACAACAAUGUAUUUAAAGCGACGUUUUAUCACCCUAGUCAAUGAAAUGUGGAGAACAUGGAUGAAAAGGGCAUUAUAGCUUAGCGCAACAUAGCCUGCAUGCUAAUUUAACAGUUUAAAUACUAGCUCGGAGCACAAGAGUGCGACUUAACGUACGCAAGUACGCCGUAUUAUCGUGUCUAACGCUAUCUUUAUGCUUCGCUUCAUUACUUUCAUUUCAACGUGACAUUCAUGAAAAACUCCAGUAUCAUUUGCUUAUCUUUUUAACGAGGUUUUUUUUUUUUUUUUAUAAAGCUUUCUGGGUAAACUCUGCUGCUCAAGUCUGCACUCGCGUUGAUUCAAACAUCCAAAAACUCCUAAAUUAUUUAGUUUAUUAGUCCAUAAACUAAUAAAGCCCGGCUCAAAUCUAACCUACAUCGUUAGACUUAAAGGAGCAACGGUACCGUUAUCGCCAGUGAUCACAUGACCAAGACAAGGAAGUACCCCGUGAAAGACUACGAGAAAGAACCGUUUAGUUAGUUAGUUAGUUGGAUUGUUUGUUUGUUUGUUUGUUUUUUCCAGGUAACGAACAAUCCAGACCUCACUCUUGAAACACUGGAAUGUACAACUCAGCAUAUAUUUAAAUAUGUAAUGCAUUUUGUAUUAUAUAGGAUGAAUGUCGCAUAUUAACAUCGUACAAUCAGUGAAUUGAAAUCGUUUUCAGACUUUAACAGUGUUGUAGGAAUCCGGAUAUUGGACCUCGCGUUCGGUUUUGAUGAACAAAUCACUUCCGAACCAUUUUUACUUGAAUGCUGACGUCUUUUUUCUUUUCUUUUCUUUCUUUCUGUUUUUUUUUAUUAUUUUUUUUAUAAUCAUUAACACACUGUAAUGAUAAUGCUGUUAAUAAUAUUGGGCCACACGAUUCAGUAUGAAGUUCAGAACAAACAAAACAAAAACGUGCAGCUGCUCGAGACGCACUGUUUUAACGAGCGUUAAAAUGCAUGACAUUUGCGAUCGUUAGGUAACGCACGAGUGACGGUUAAAAAUCCAGAGUCACGUGACGAUCACACCUGAAGGGAACGCGAUUCCGCAGUCUGAACCGUUCGGACGUCUCAGUGACGGUGUGAUUCAGCGACUCGCAUGGAGAUUUUCUAAGAAGGAUCGAAGCUCAGUCAGAUGAAGGUCAGGAAAUCUGCAGAGGUUUUAAACCCGGUGCGGCACUUUUGAUUCCCAUUGUUUUUCUUCUUAUAGGAUGCUACAGACUUGAUGAUAGUGGAGAUUUUAUUAUGAUUAUUAUUAUUAUUAUUAUUACUACUACACUAAAGUUUGUUUGUUUUUUCCAUUUAAUACUUUUUCCUUUUCUCAUCUUAUGAAUUUAAUAACCACUGAGUUCUCGUUGCUGUUCUUGUUAUGAUGUGGUGUUUAUUCUAUGAUGACUUAACUAAAAAAAAAAAAACAAUAUGGAUAUUUGUUAUGUAUUUAGCUCACGCCUGUACGCUCUCUAAUUAUAACGAGCUUUUAUUCCGCACUUAAUAAUCCCUUUCUCGGGCCAGUAGCUUGCGUCCGUCUUUAUCUCGUCCCUCUCGCUUAUUUGGUCUCCUGUGCAGUAGGACGUUUAGUCUUUCUCACUCUAGUAAGCGUCUGUAUUUUAUACGUCCUUAUGGGGGAAAGGGAAAAAAAACAAAAAGUGAACUCAUGAAGUCUUUUUUUUUUUUUUUUAAUAAAAAGAGAUUGAAGCACACAA